AUGUGCGUAAUAUACAUAUUUUUGGGUCUAUGCAACGGCAGUUCAGGUAUCUUCUCAAAACAGUGCUUUGCGCAGAACAGUGCAAAAAUGACUGAUUCAGCUGUCAUCUACAAGGUCAAGACCAUCGACGGCGAGGUUUUGGAAAUUUCCAAGCGAGCAGCGGAUCGAUCGGCAACGCUCAUCGAAAUGCUCAGGAAUUGUCCAGUUGAUGAUGUGGAGAACAUGGACCCAAUUGUGCUUGACCGAGCCAAGGGAACCAUUGUUAAAAUGAUUAUCCAAUGGUGUGAGGAUCACAAGUAUCGGCCGAUUCUGAAGGAUGACAAGGUUGAACAUUGUGAAGAAAUCAAGAACCAGGAAAAGGAGCUGCUGAAAGAUUUGGAUGGGGAUGGGCUUUAUGAUCUAUUUGAGGCUGCCAAUUGGUUGGAUGUUCGCUGCUUGCGCCAGAAGAUUGCCAAAAUUCUUGCGGCAAUGAUUUCGGGCAAAAAGCAUACGGAGAUUCGCACCAUAUGGCAACUCGAGAACGAUUUUACAGCCGAAGAGGAAGCUCAGUUCAGCACGGAAGAUGCCUGGAACGUCUUGGUCGAGGAAAUGACAAAGCGCGAGGCUGAGAAGGUGACCGAAAACGUAGCCACACCAUCAGCGUCAACAAGUAAU